UUUAAGCUUUUGUGAGUAGCUAGGGUUUUCACUUUCGUGUCUCUCCGACGACGAUGAUAAGCCGUCUGCGCUUUCUCCGGCGCUUCGUCUACAUCCAUCCAUCUCCUACCAAUACUGUGCUUCAAUUUCUUACUUGCCGCUAUCUCUCGACUCUCUUCUCGUCAACCAUGAUAGAGCAAGGGGGCCAAAGAGUAAAAUCUCUGGUCUCCCUUCAUUUUAAAAGGAAACGUGGAGAAGAUGGAUUCUGCACUAGAGCAAUGGAAGGGGAGGAAGCCCUGCUCUUCUCGCCCUACUUAUCGGUACGCAUUCGCUGCAGCAUAGAUUUCGCGGAUACACUUGCAGAAGCUCUGUCGUGUUUUGGUGCGGAUUCUACAAGUAUAGAUGAGAUUAAUUCCGAAAAACCAUCUGAGACUUGGAUAACUUCCCUAUUUGCCAAAGGCCAAGAUGUGCAUGCAUGCAUUUCCUUAGCUUCGGAUUCUAUUGGUUUAAAAUACGUACCUGAAUAUGAAGUUUCCAAGGGUGAGCGGUUUGAUUGGCUGAAGAGCAUUGAGGAAACAUUUCACCCGAUAGAAGUCACUAGUGGUCUUUGGAUAGUUCCUAAAUGGAAACCUCCUCCAGUAUGUUCAACAUAUUCCAUUCUAGUUCAAAACGCAACCAAUAUUAUCCUCAAUCCAGGAAUGGCUUUCGGCACUGGCGAACAUCCCACGACUAUGUUAUGCUUGUGUUUGUUGCAUAGCUUGAUCAAAGGUGGGGAAAAGCUUCUUGACUAUGGCACAGGCUCUGGAAUACUUGGAAUUGCAGCUUUGAAGAUGGGUGCCAGUUUCUCAGUGGGAAUAGAUGUAGAUCCUGAGGCAGUUGCUUCUGCUAUUCAGAACAUGGCCUUGAAUGAGAUAGAGGCUGAUAAAAUGAGGGUAUAUUUGGUUCCUGAAAUUGGAAGCUCAAAUAAUAUGGAACUCUCUGCCGCAAAGUCAGAUUUCGAUAUUGUGAUUGCAAAUAUACUGUUGAAUCCAUUGUUGGAAUUAGCUGGAGAUAUUGUUUCCUAUGGGAAGCCUGGUGCAGUCAUUGCUCUAUCAGGAGUCUUGUCUGAGCAGAUUCAUCAAAUAAGAGAACGUUUUGCAGCGUAUAUGGAUAACAUUUCAGUUGCUGAAAUGGAUGGUUGGGCUUGUGUACAUGGAGUCAAGAGGAGAAAUUGAUCACCUUUGGAAGGGAAGAUUCUGCUGCAUGCUGUAGUCUAUAUAUAUGGCACCAUUUCAGAUAUUUUUUAGUAGAAU